AUGGCCCUCCGCGCUUCCUUCCGGUCCUCGCUCCGACCCCAGGCGCUGGCCCGCCAAUGCCUCGCCCCGACCGCCGUAGCGAGCCCGGGAUUCCUUUUCCAGGCUCGGUGCCAGUCCUCCGCCGUGCCCAACCCCGACCCUGCGCCCGGCUCUCCUUCCGCCAAGGCCAUUGCCGAGAAUGAGUCGUACAUGGUGGCCACCUACGCCCGACCCACGCCCGUCUUCGCCCGCGGCGAAGGCGCGUGGCUGUACGAUGUGGAGGACAGGAAAUACUUAGACUUCACGGCCGGUAUCGCCGUCAACUCGCUCGGCCACUGCGAUCCCGAGUUUGCUAGCAUCAUUGCUGAGCAGUCCAAGACCCUCGUUCACGCCUCCAACCUCUACCACAACCCCUGGACCGGCGCCCUCUCCAAGCUCCUCGUCGAAAAGACCCGCGAGGCCCAGUGCAUGCCCGGCCUCUCCUCCGUCUUCGUGUGCAACUCGGGCUCCGAGGCCAACGAGGCCGCCCUCAAGUUCGCCCGCAAGGCCGGCAAGGUCACCGACCCUUCCGGUGCCAAGGUCGAGAUCGUCGCCUUCCGAGGCGGCUUCCACGGCCGUACCAUGGGCUCGCUGUCCGCCACCUGCAAUCCCAAGUACCAGGAGCCCUUCGCCCCCAUGGUUCCCGGCUUCCGGUACGGCGAUAUCAACGACGUUGCUGCCGUCGACGCGCUCGUCACCCCCACCACUUGCGGCGUCAUCGUCGAGCCCAUCCAGGGCGAGGGCGGCAUCAACGCUGCCAGCGAGGAGUUCUUGGUCAAGCUCGCCCGCCGAUGCAAGGAGGUGGGCGCCGUGCUCAUCUACGACGAGAUCCAAUGCGGCCUGUCCCGAACCGGUACCCUGUGGGCCCACGCCGACCUCCCCAAGGAGGCCCACCCGGAUAUCUUGACCACGGCCAAGGCUCUCGGCAACGGCUUCCCCAUCGGCGCUGUCCUCGUCACCCAGGACGUUGCCGAUAAGAUGAAGGUUGGCGACCACGGCACCACCUUUGGCGGAAACCCCUGGCCUGCCGCCUCGCCCACAACAUUGGACGGCUUCGAGGCCCUGCGCGCUCGCUUCCCCGACCUCAUCUCCGAAGUCCGCGGCCGCGGUCUCAUCCUCGGCCUCCAGCUCAGCCAGGACCCCAACCCCAUCAUCAAGGCCGCUCGCGAGAGGGGUCUCCUUGUCAUCUCCGCGGGGAGCAACACCCUCCGCUUCGUCCCAAGCCUUCUCAUCACCGAGGCUGAGAUCAAGGAGGGUCUCCGAAUCCUCGGAGACGCCAUUGCGGCCACCCGCUCUUGA